AUGGCAAACGAAGAUGAGUCGCGGCGCAAGCGCAUCAAAGUGUCCAAUAACGACGCCGCCUCCGAGGUUCUGACCGCACCGAUUCCAGAGCUUGUCGACGCUACGGCCAACAGUGAACCUCCAGCUCCAGAUGCGCAGGCUGUAAAAGAAGCCGAAGUUGGCAUUACGCAAUUCGUUAGCCCUGGCCUGCCCGGGUUUUCUGGCGUGGUGAAGAAGAGAUAUACCGAUUUUCUGGUUAAUGAGAUCCUACCGUCAGGAGAAGUUUUACAUUUGAAGGACACUGAGUUAUCUCCUACUCUUAAAAAUGCCAUUGGGGGGGCCGCUGCUUCUGUUGAGUCUGCAAGCGCAACUCCGCAAAACACAACACCGGCAGGUGAUGAGAGCAAUGGGGGCAAAACAUGCGAAGCGGAGGAUGAUAAAGCCGAGAAACCAGCUACUGAGACGGCUGAUGCUGCUCUAACAGAGCUGGCGCCCGAGGACCGAGAACUACUAGACCAAUCAUUCGGAUCCGAGGCUACACCUAAACUCCUAAACCUCUACUCACGCUCCGUUAUCAAGGCUUCCUCCAGGCCAGGCGAACUCGGCAAGGUCAAGUCUCUUGUUAUCACGGACAAGGACCAAAGGACAAGCCUUCACCAAGCUAUCCGUCGAAUUUUCAAGUCCAAUUUAGACUCAACCACCGACAAUGAUGGGACAAUUGUGGUCUCGGCUGCAUCAGUCCAACAACGCGGGGGCAAAGGCAAACGCAAAAAACAGACAGGGCGGGAUCGAGGCCAGGGCUCUUCUCAAUCGCUCCGUGGUAAGCUUGGGUGGAGCGAGCUCGGCGGUGACUAUCUGCAUUUCACAUUGUACAAAGAGAACAAGGAUACCAUGGAGGUCAUUUCAUACCUUUCUCGUCAAUUAAAGGUGGCCCCCAAAGCCUUUCAAUUCGCCGGAACGAAGGACCGCCGUGGAGCCACCGCCCAGCGGGUCAGUGUAUUCCGUAUUUACCCAGAUCGAAUGCCGAAGCUCAAUGCAUCCCUCCGGAUGGCUGCUAUUGGAGACUACGAGUAUCAGAAACAAGGCUUGGAGCUGGGAGAGCUGAACGGGAACGAGUUCGUAAUCACUCUCAGAGAUUGCCAGUUUCCCGAGGGUGUAGUUGAAGGAGACAACAUUUCGAACCCAGAGACUAUCGCCAAGGUCACCGAGCUUGUUGGAAAGUCUCUUCGUGAUCUCAGGGAGCGAGGAUAUUUCAAUUACUACGGGCUCCAACGUUUCGGUACUUUUGCAACAAGAACUGAUACCACUGGCCUCAAAAUGCUUCGUGGAGAGUUCAAGGAAGCCUGUGAAUCGAUCCUUCAUUACAGCUCUAUUGCAUUAGCUGCUGCACAGGGCGUCUCAGCGGAAGACCGGACCCAAACGCCUCAGAUAAGCACAGAUGAUAUCCUGCGCGCCAAGGCAAUUCACAUCUUUCAAACAACGGGUAAUGGCCGUGAUGCGUUGGAGAUAUUGCCUAGAAAGUUUACAGCUGAAAGUAAUAUCAUCAGGCUCCUCUGCCAGCGAAAGAAUGACUACUUUGGUGCGCUGCAGUCUAUUCCCCGCAACCUGCGGUUGAUGUAUGUCCAUGCCUACCAGUCUCUGGUGUGGAACUUUGCUGCCGGCGAGAGAUGGCGUUUAUAUGGUGACAAAGUUGUCGAAGGUGACUUGGUGUUGGUAAAUGAGUUCAAAGAUGAAACCAAAGCUGCAGGACAACAGGCCGAAGUCGAUGCAGAUGGAGAGGAAAUUGUCUUGCCCGAUGCAGAUGACAGUGCCGCAGUUGAUGACAUGUUUGAGCGCGCCAGGGCAUUGACGGCGGAGGAGGCAGCCAGUGGGAAGUACUCCAUCUUUGACAUUGUUCUACCGCUCCCUGGGUUUGAUAUCCUCUAUCCUGCCAACAAAAUGACCGAUUUUUACAAAGAAUUCAUGGGCAGCGAAAAGGGCGGGAAACUAGACCCAUUCGACAUGCGGCGUUCCUGGAGAGAUAUUAGCCUUAGCGGCAGCUAUCGUAAGGUGCUCAGCCGUCCUGGAGCUGACUAUUCUUUUGAGGUGAGGUCAUACGACGCAGAGGACGAACAGUUUGUGAAGACAGACUUGGAAAAGCUCAAAGAGAAUAGCCCCAAAGCAGGCGAUACCGGUAAUAACAACAAUAACAAUGAGAACGGGGACAACAAAGAAAAGUCAGGAGCCCCAGAGAAGCUUGCUGUCAUCCUCAAGUUCCAGCUGGGAGCUAGCCAGUAUGCCACCAUGGCGCUAAGGGAGCUCAUGAAGACAGGAGGAGCAAAGGAGUACAAGCCUGACUUUUCUCGAUAG